GUAUAUCCAAUCGCAAGCUUAUCAACCUCUAGCUAAAUUCUUAGAUUUUAUUGCUGCAGAUAAGAUGAUAGAUAAUAUACUGGGUAUAAUACAAGGAGCAAUAAAUAAGAAAACAAUAGAGGAUUUAUUAUCAUGUAUAGAUCCAUUAGGUUAUUUUAUAGAAAUAAAGGCAAUAAGUAAUAUAAAUUAUAAUUCUUCUUCUUAUUAUGAAUUAUAUAAAUCUAUACUUAUAGAUACACCUGUAGGUAAAUAUUUCCAAUACUUCUUACAACAUAAUCCAAAUGCUGCAGCAGCAGGAGGUAAUAAUGCUGCUGCUGCUGCAGCAGCUGCUGCAGCAGGAGCUGCAGAUACUUCCCCUGCUCAUAGGAUCGAACAUAUCAUGACAGAGGCAGAUAUCGAUCUUCUUCGUCAUUCAUUAAAAAAAGCAUGGCUAGAAGAUUUUUAUGCAUUUGUACAAACCCUUGAGGACUCAACAACAAAGGAGGUUAUGACACAUAUCCUUAAGACGGAGGCGGAUUUUAGGGUUUUAUCUUUGGCAAUAAAUUCAUUAAGCACUGAUCAGCAGCAGCAGCAGCAGCAGCAAAUAGAGAAACUUUCCCUCUUCCCUAGCUUUGGAUACUUAUACCCAGAUGGGACUGACAGGAUCCGCAAAGCAUGGAACGACCCUACUCUGAGGGCAGCCCUAGAGCCAUACCCUAGAUAUUUAAAUGUCUAUGAUCAAUGCCGCGCCUUCUACGUUGCAGAUGAGAGAGACAAAGGAGACAUGAGCUCACGUUUUAAGACAUUAGAAGAUCUUCUUUAUCGAGAAAUUGUACAAAUGUGUGAACUCACCUUCGAGCAACAAUUCCAUUAUGGAGUGUUCUAUGCUUGGGUUAAGCUAAAGGAGCAGGAGAUCCGCAACAUUGUGUGGAUAUCGGAGAUGAUAUUGAUGCAGCGCAAAGAACACAUCGACUCCAUCGUCCCUCUCUUCGAGCCCAGAAUUUAA